CAGAGAAGGAAAAGAAUUAUAUAUAAAUACACUUACAAAUGCAUAUUAAAUUACAUUUAAUCAUUCAUACGCGUUUAGUGGCGGAAAGAGAAGACAAAAAGAAGUGGGGUAUUUCGAUUUCCAUGUGCGGUGACCUAAAAGACAGUCCCAAUCAAUCUAGAGUGAGAUAUUGUUCUGGUGAUGCAAAAACGGAAGUUCAGAUUGGGGCCACAGAUCUUUCAAGAACUUGGACAUUUAUUGAAAAAAAUUGACACUUGUCGCGCAAGACGAGUUCGAAGAUGGGAACUUUAACGAUCGAAACAGAGAUAUCAUGUUCACCACUCGAUUAUUCACCCGUGCGGUGGCUUAAGGACACGAGCAAAGACUACUUUGGCAAGCCUCGUAUUUUAUCCCUUCUUUCGACAAUCUUGGAGAGGUCUGUUCAGAAAAACGAGAGAUUGCUCGAAGCUUCACAAACCAGAGAUUUUCUCACAGUAUUCCAUGGCUUAAGAGAACCUUCUCUUAGCAUUCAGCAAUAUAUUGACCGCAUUUUCAAGUAUUCGUGCUGCAGUUCGUCUUGCUUUAUUAUUGCAUAUAUAUAUUUGGACAGAUUUGUUCGACGGGCGAAUUUAUGCUUGACUUCUCGCAAUAUCCACCGCCUUCUUAUUACCAGUGUCAUGGUGGCAGCAAAAUUUAUGGACGAUAAGUUCUUCAGUAAUGCAUAUUAUGCGAGAGUUGGAGGUGUCACCACAUCAGAACUGAACAAGUUGGAACUGAAGUUUUUGUUCGGAGUGGAUUUUCAGCUUCAUGUUAGUGUACAGACAUUUAAAAAGUACAGUUCGGUUUUGAGAUGCGAGUCAAAAGGCAGAUUUAUCGAGCGCUCAAUCCCUCUGUGUGGGGUAGAAGAGAACUGCCCGAACAAAGAUGAACCCGUUUGUUGUCCUCAGUCAAUCUCUUGAUAAAGAUAGUAAAUAACAAAAUGUCAUGAAAGGAAUACUGAAAUUUUGUUCUGUAUGUAAGCCUUUUUUUUUACGUAGUUCCAAAUUUUAGAAUUUUGUGUGAUAAUAGGGAAGUUGUGGCAUUAUGCAAACAUGGAACUCUUCUUGUUCAUUCAUUUGUUACAAAAACUUGGGAUAAUUUUCAAAUUUAGUGAGGUUUUUGUGUGUGCUCUAUAAAGGCUGUUUAUAAGUACUUGUGCAGCAAACACUCUUGCAUCCUGUUAAAAAUGAAACAACAAUUUUUG